AUGACAAAAGCCUAUCUUUCAGUAGUAGAAGAUGGUGCUUCUGUCCGUGGAGCAGCAGGGAAAUAUGGCAUUCCUGAGGCAACAUUGCGCGACAGAGUGAGAGGUUAUGUGAACCCUGAAGUAGUCAAGUCUGGUAUACCACCGCUGCUCAACCAAGAAGAGGAAUUACAUCUUGUGGAACAUCUGAAGGUUAUGGCUGCUUCAGGUUAUGGCUACAGCAGAGCAGAAGUAGUGGAUAUGGCAAGUACCUAUGCUGUAGCCCUUGGAAAGCGUGAUGAAGACCAUCACCUCACUUUGAUGUGGUUCUACAACUUCAUGAAGAGAUGGCCUGAACUGAAGGUGUGCAAACCAAGGGAGAGAAUCUACAAUGUCGAUGAAAAGGAACUGAACCAAAACCAUUCGCCUCCAUCUAUUGCAACUUCUUUAGAACCUGCAACAACACCAUCAGCCGUAGUAUCUGGCAAAGGUUCUACUGUCACUGUUAUUGGAUGUGGCCACCAAAUUCCACAAUACUAUGUAUUUCCCGGCAAGAGGAUGAGGCCACAGCUACUCAAAGAGUGCACUCCAGGAUCAGCUGGAACUGUUACAGAAUCUGGCUGGUCCAAUACUGAGGUUUACCGGUAUUACCUUCAACAUCAUUUUGCUAAGUUUGUACAAGGCCGAGAUUCCAAGAAGAAGAUAUUGAUCCUGUAUGGUGGUCACAUGUCCCAUAUUUCUCUUCCUCUUAUUGACUGGGCCAAAGAACACACCAUUCUUCUGUUCAUCCUCCCUGCCCACACCAGUCAUGUUCUGCAGCCACUUGAUGUAGGAUGCUUUGACCCAUUUGAAAGGAUCUAUAACAACGAGUGUCACCAAUUUAUGCGAUCUAAUGCUUGCACUGGUAUUGAUCGUUAUUCUGUUUGCGACCUCGCAUGUAGAGCAUAUGGCAAGGCUCUUUCUCCUGACAACUUAAGAAGUUCUUUCAGGAAAUCUGGAAUCUAUCCAUUCGAACCACUUGCUGUUGACAAGUCAGCGUUCAUUCCGGCAAAGGUUUUGAAGAAAGCAGCACUUCGAACUUAGUUGGCCUCUGAUGUUCCAGAUCCUCAAGAAGUGACUCCAUCUCAAUCAACAUCAACUUUCUUCAAAUCCAGGGAGGAAGCUGUUGGCAACGUCCAGAAGGUUACCAAGAGGAGGAGGACAAUCAGCACAGUUGUGUCAGGAAAGUCCAUCACUGAAGACUGCACAAGAUAGAAAAUUGUACAACACAACAUCCUGGUUACUGGUACAGCUUCGCCAAAACCAAAGAAAGCACCAACAGCUUCCUCAUCUG